ACUUUGCUCUUUCCUCCGCUAGAUUAAGCAGCAAUGGCAUUUGUGAAAAGUGGAUGGCUGCUCCGGCAAAGUACUAUUUUACGACGCUGGAAGAAGAACUGGUUUGACCUGUGGUCUGAUGGCCGCCUAAUAUUCUACGAUGAUCAGAAUCGCCAUGAUUUAGAAGACAAAGUUCACAUGCGAAUCCAUUGCAUCAACCUCAGAGUGGGGAAUGAAUGUCGAGAUUUCCAGCCUCCAGAGGGGAAGCAGAGAGACUGUUUACUGCAGAUUGUUUGUCGUGAUGGGAAGACAGUCAACCUCUGUGCAGAGAGUGCAGAUGACUGCCUGGCAUGGAAAAUGGCUCUCCAGGAUGCCAGAACAAACACAGGUUAUGUGGGAUCUGAAGUGAUGUACGAUGAGACGGCCCCUCCUCCCUAUACAGCGUACGCUACACCGUCACCGGAGGUUUAUGGCUAUGGCUAUGACCAGUAUAGCAGUGGGUAUCCCCCCACCGGUCCUCAAGUCUUCUAUGCCUCCAAUGGACAAGCCUAUGCUGUUCCCUAUCAAUAUCCCUACCCAGGACCUUAUGGACAGCCCCCUGCAAACCAUGUCAUCAUUCGGGAACGUUACCGUGACAGCGAUGGAGAUCUGGCACUGGGCAUGCUUGCUGGAGCAGCAACUGGAAUGGCCCUGGGAUCAUUAUUCUGGGUUUUCUAGAUUCCCUAGUUCCUUAUCUUUGUAGUUCCAGAAAUCUUUAUUUAAUUCUGCGUGCAAUAAUUAUAUUGGCAAUGUUGUUUACUGUUUAACUUU